AGUUUGUCCUCUCAAUGUGCCCGUACGAGGCCUAGCUACAGAGCUAACCAAUCAAUGCAAAGCGAAAACAAACCCUAAAUUCGUUAAGGAAAGCAAAAGUUUAAUAAAUAAAUGUUUUUCGAUCAUAGUUCGUGUACUAGCACACAAGGUGAAUCCGGAGAGCAUCGCAAAACUUUGUGUUUGAAGAUACAAUGGCUUUAGUUUCAGCAGACACCAAAAUCGCAGAGUUGCUGAAUGAGCUGCAUCAGCUCAUAAAGCAAACUCAGGAAGAGCGAUCAAGAAGUGAGCACAACCUUCUCAACAUCCAGAAAACACAUGAAAGGAUGCAGACAGAAAAUAAAACUUCUCCAUAUUAUAGGACAAAGCUGAGGGGUCUUUACACUACAGCUAAAGCUGAUGCAGAGGCUGAAUGUGGUAUACUUCGUCUGGCACUUGACAAGAUUGCCGAAAUUAAAUCCCUUUUGGAGGAGAGACGGAUUGCUGCCAGGAUGGCAGGAGUGUACAGUGACACCGACCCACCGAGAAAGACCAUGCGCAGAGGUGUCCUGAUGACCCUGUUACAACAGUCGGCCAUGACCCUUCCUCUCUGGAUUGGCAAACCUGGCGAGAGUCCACCACCACUGUGUGGCGCUAUACCAGCAAGCAGUGACUAUGUGGCUAAGCAGGGGGACAAGGUGGCGGCACGUGUGAAGGCCGUGGAUGGUGAUGAACAGUGGAUUCUUGCGGAAGUCGUCAGCUACAAUCACUCCACCAACAAGUAUGAAGUGGAUGACAUUGAUGAAGAGGGUAAAGAGAGACACACGUUGAGUCGGAGAAGAAUCAUUCCUCUCCCACAGUGGAAAGCAAACCCAGAGACCGACCCAGAGGCUCUGUUCAGUAAAGAUCAGCUGGUGCUAGCCCUCUAUCCACAGACCACCUGCUUUUACAGAGCUCUGAUCCACACGCCGCCACAUCGGCCCCAGGAUGACUACUCCGUUCUGUUUGAGGAUACAUCUUACGCCGAUGGCUAUUCUCCACCUCUCAACGUCGCCCAGCGAUAUGUAGUGGCCUGCAAAGAGAACAAAAAGAAGUGACAGAAAUAUGCAAUAAUGGGACAUUAUUUGCAAAAACACUCUGCAUGAUUGUUGUGAUUAAAAACAGGAUAUUGAGCAUCCAUUCUGUUUUUAUGUGCUUUUCCCACACUUUUUCUGUUAUCGUGUAUAUACUGUUGGUAUAUUUUAUACUGCAUCUUUUGUAUGAUGUUUUUGUGGAUCUGGAUGCAAAGAGACCAACUGCAAGUGAAUUGUGCUAAAGUAAUAAACCCUUUACAUGUGAAUGAAAGGCACACAAA